UGUUCUUUUGAAUAAAUGGGCAAAGCAUCCAAAUGGUUUAGAGGUCUUCUUGCUAAAAAACAGGACCCAUCAUCUUCCUCUAACGAAAAUCCAAAACCCACAAAGAAAAAAUGGAGCUUUGUUAAAUCUUACAGAGAAAAGGACUCUAACUUUGUUAAGGGUACUGAUAAAGAAUCAUCAAACUAUGGUCGUGUUGUGUCAAAUUCACUUCAAAACGGUUCUGUUGGAUGUAGCGUUGAUUCGUCAAAUCGAGCGAUUGCGGUGGCGGAAGCAACGGCCGUCGUAGCCGAAGCUGCUAUCGCCGCCGCUCAAGCCGCCGCUGCGGUUGUGAAGCUUACUAAUAGUGGUAGAGCUACUACUACCACAACUAAUGGUGGUGCCGCUGCUGUUACGAUGUGGAACGGCAUUUCUCUCAGCUCCUCUGCGGUGGUUGGUAAAAGAAAGGGAGUCGCCGCCGGCAACCGUGAAAAUUGUGCCGCCGUUGUUAUUCAAUCACAUUUCCGAGCUUAUUUGUCGAGGAGAGCUUUACGAGCGUUGAAGGGACUGGUGAAGCUUCAAGCACUGGUGAGAGGUCACAUUAUUAGGCAACAGACUGCUGAUUAUCUACGGCAAAUGCAAGCAAUAUCCAGAGCUCAGUCGAGGGCUCGUGCUGGACGAUCUCAGAUCUCAGGAUCCCCUCAUUCAAGCACUAAGUCUGUUCAAUUUCUUCAUGAUCCCACAACUCCAGAGAAAUUCGAGCAUGUUAUCCGCGCAAGGAGCUUGAAGCAUGAUGAAACGUCUAUGCUCAAGAGGAAUACCUCGAAAUCAAAUUGGAAGGUAAUUGAUUCGGAAAAGGCACGAAUUAGACCUCACGGAUCUUCUGCAAGAACUAGUUCUAUUGAUGACGAAAAGAGUGACAAGAUCCUCGAGAUAGAUACCGUGAAACCAUAUGUUACACCUAAACAAAGGAACCUCUUCCACUCCUCACAUCAUAGCUUGAACUCUGACCAAUACAGCUAUAGCUUAACAACGUCAAAGGAAUCAACAGCUCAUCAAACGGUUCCCAGUCCAUCGUCCUGUGGAAAUCAACCCCUUAGUCCCCUGAAGUUCAAUGAAGAUCUUGAUGAAGCUUGCUUCUGCACUGCUGACAAUAGCCCUCAGUUUUACUCGGCUUCAUCAAAGGGCGGUAGUUCAAAGAGAGGACCGUUUACACCAACUAAGAGCGACGGUUCAAGAAGCUAUAUGAGUGGUUACUCUGAUCAUCCCAACUACAUGUCCUACACUGAGUCCUCCAAGGCUAAGGUACGUUCAAUGAGCGCACCUAAACAAAGGCCUCACUACGAGAGAUCAAGUUCAACAAAAAGGUACUCGAUUCAUGGGUGCAGUGAGUCAAGAAACAACUCACAAAAGGGUUCUUUUUAUGCCAACUUCACUGGUAAAGCUUAUCCCGGUUCUGGUCGGUUGGACCGGCUUGGAAUGCCUGUUAUCAGGGCAGAUCCAUCUGGAUUCAGUGGUGGUCUUCGUCACAGAUAUUAAGC